UUAUCACGUGACUGUUGUUUGUGUUUCCCCCCCACAAGAUUCGAUCUAACAAAUUAACUAAAUACUUAGAACUUGUCAUUUAAAGUUGCCUGUAACAUUGUCGGAUAUUCACGCGCUUAAAAAUGUAUAUUAAAUCACUGAAGAUGUGUUAAAAGAGUUAGGAAUUGAUGAAAUAAGCCGAGCUAAACCAGGUUAGCCACUGUUAGCAUCGGUCCCCAUGGCAGCUCCUACUGGACCCACUGCUCCGGUUCUCAGCCAAAAACAACGUCGUUCUGCAUUGAGAAAAGAAAGAAGAAAACGCAAACGUCAAGCUUUGGCACAGUCCAGAGAAAAUGGCGUCACUGAUGAAGCAAAUGAAGAGCUCGAAGAAGAUGGAGACGAUAACGAAGAAGCUGAAAUUGCAGAAGUGGAAAGGCAGCGACUUCAUGAGGAGUGGUUGGAGAGGGAGCGUCUGGCUCAAGAGGAGUUCAGACUGAAGAUGGAAAAAGAGGAGGCUGCACAGAGACGAAGAGAGGAGGAAGAGCGACUGAUCAAAGAAGAAUGGGAGGCCCGUCAGAGGAAAGAGGCGGAGGAUCAGGAGCAGAAGAGGCAGGAGAAGAGAGACAGAGAGGAGGCAGUUCAGAAAAUGUUGGACGAAGCAGAAAGUCAGUUAGAAAAUGGAGGUGCCUGGAAAAAUCCUGAAGCUCCAGUGACUGAAAGCUCAAAGAACUACGGCACUGAGCGAGACGUGGCAAACUGCCCCUUCUUUCUUAAGACUGGAGCCUGUCGAUUUGGAGACCGAUGUUCCCGUAAGCAUGUCCAUCCCAGCAGCAGCACGACACUCCUGAUCCGUGCCAUGUUCUUCACUUUUGGGAUGGAGCAGGCGAAACGGGAUGAUUACGACAUGGAUUCAUGCUUGGAGUACAGUGAAGAGGAGCUGCACGAGAGCUUCAUCGACUUUUACCACGAUGUCCUGCCUGAGUUCAGGAGUGUCGGGACAGUCGUGCAGUUCAAGGUUAGCUGUAAUUAUGAAUCACAUCUGAGGGGAAAUGUGUAUGUCCAAUUUGAAACGGAGGAGCAGUGUCAGGAGGCCUUGAUAAAGUUCAAUGGGCGCUGGUAUGCAGGACGGCAGCUUCACUGUGAGCUGUGUCCUGUAACUCGAUGGAAGAAUGCAAUCUGUGGUUUGUUCGACAGACAGAAAUGCCCUAAGGGGAAGAACUGCAAUUUUUUACACGUUUUCCGCAACCCAGGCAAUGAGUUUUGGGAGGCGGACCGGGACAUGUCACCCGAAAGGAGGAAUCGCAGGGAGGGGUGGCAUUCGGAAAGACGAGGCGACCGAUCAUGGAGGCAAAGAAGCCCACCCAGGUCGGAAAGAUCGUUUAGGGGGGAGAGGUGGGAGGAGGAGAGGGGGUCCCGUUCAAGGUACAGUGAAAGACGACAUAGUAGAAGUAUAAACAGAUCCAGGAGUCGCAGUAGAGACCGGAAUAGAAGAAGAAGUAGAAGUAAAGAUAGGGUUAAAUCUAAUAGAACAGAUAGGGAUUCACGAUCUAGAAGCAAAAGUAGAGAGAGGACCAAACGCAAGCGAAGUCGGAGCCCAAAGGAAAAUGAAAAAACUAAAAGUAGCCCUAAAGAAGGUGAUGGCAGCCCGCAAAAACGCCACAAACAUUCGAAAAAGAGCAAAAAGAAAAGUAAGAAAAAGCAUAAAAAGAAAAGCAAAGAAUCACCAAGAACUAGUUCAGAAGAUUCGGAUAAAGAAAGUUCAAUAACAACUCCCAAAACUGAGGACAAAGAGGAAGUAUGUGUGAAACAGGAAGCCGAGGAGGUAAAAAUUAGUCCAGAAAAUGCAAAUAAAGAUGUUAAAGACGUUGAUGAAUCUUUAGAAAAUAAUAUAAAGGAGCAAGAGUAAAAAUUAUAAGCUCAAAAUACUUUGGAUGUUUUUCAUGAAUUUAAGUUUGCUACAAGUUUCACAAGAUUGCCCCUUCAACCUUGGGAAUACAGUUUUUGUUUGACUACAGGAUCUCAAACUAAUAAUGUAAAAUUGUAAAUAAUGUUGCUUUGUUUUAUUAAAAAGAAGAAAAACACACAAAUGGUCUUUUU